UCGGGGUGCCAACGCGGACUGCUCUGCUGGGACGAAAAACUGUCCACCAUGCUGCUGAAGACCCUAGUGUCCCUGUGCGUCCUGGCUGCGGCUGCCUUUGCUGUCCCUGCCCAGGAGAAGCGCGUCCAUCACCAUGGUGAUCUGAGCGAGCGUCCCCAUGACGACGCUCAAGGCUUCCAGUACGACCACGAGGCCUUCCUCGGGAAGGAGGAGGCCAAGACCUUCGACCAGCUGACCCCCGAAGAGAGCAAGGACAAGCUGGCGAAGAUCGUGGAGCGCAUCGACGUGGACGGGGACGGCUACGUCAGCCACGCGGAGCUGCACUCGUGGAUCAGACACCGACAGAGACGGUACAUCCAGGAGAACGUGGACAAACACUGGAAGGAGUACGACAGCAACGGGGACGGGAAGAUCGCCUGGGACGAGUACAAGAACACCACGUACGGAUACUACCUGGGUGAAGAGUUCGAUGACGUUGACGACAAGGCGACCUAUAAGUCCAUGCUGACGCGGGACGAGAGGCGCUUCAGGACGGCGGACCGAGACGGCGACAUGAUCGCCACGCGCGAGGAGUUCACUGCCUUCCUUCACCCGGAGGAGUAUGAUUACAUGAAAGACGUGGUGGUCCAGGAAACUGUGGAAGACAUCGAUAAGAACGCCGAUGGCAAGAUCAACAUAGAUGAAUACAUCGGGGACAUGUUCACCCCCGAGGACGGGGAGAGGGAGCCUGACUGGGUCACCACAGAGAAGAAACAUUUCGCAGAGUUCAGAGACGCCAACAAGGACGGUUACCUGGACGCAGCUGAGGUGGCCGACUGGGUUCUCCCUGGGGAGGUGGACCAUGCUGACAAUGAAGCCAAACACUUGAUCCACGAGACAGACACCGACAAGGACGGCCGGCUGACUCUCUCCGAGCUGCUCGACAACCUGGACUCCAUCAAGUCCAGCACCAUCACCGACUAUGGAGGCAUGAGGGCCGACGAGCACGACGAACUGUAAGAAAUGUCCCACAGCACACCAGGAACACCUGUCACCGUGAUCUGCAACCCCCCCCCCCCAGACUUCCACUCUCUGAAACUACUUCCAAUAAAAACAGCCAGCUGUGGGUUCCACAUGAUUAACGUUUAAUGGAAAUGAGUUCAAACUGUCUUGAAGUGAUCUUAACAGCUGACAUCAUGUCUACCUAACAUUUGUCAAAAUAACAUGACAUCAUUGUGUUGAAUACACAAUGUCACGCAGGUGUAAACAGAUUUAAAAGUAUCAAAUAUAUCAACACGCAAACAUAACUUAAACUUACAGUAUAUGCCGUUUAAUAGGAGCCAGUGCCUGGCCCUGAGCUUCAAAUAUAAAGCUAUGAAACAUUUCUCUCAUCAUCAGGAUGGAACAGUCUAAGAAUUAAUGAUUGAUAGAUCAAUUCAUUGGAUUCUACUCUUAUGUAGAGCAAGCUAAGGAUGCAAGACUGGAACCUGACCAGGGGACAGUGAAGACAGGCCCACAGGUGGAGUCUUCUGCCUAGUCUUAUAUAACACUUAGUCAGAUAACAUGUAAUGGUCUGGGAUGG